UAAUUCCCUUCAGUUUGUGUAAAAGUUUAAGAUCUCUGAAAGUCUACCCUAAAAUUCUUAAGCAUAAACACCAGCUUACAUGCUAUUAAUAUAAAUAUAUAGAUGUGCAACUUAGUAUAAACUGUGGCUAUUAUAUAAAUGUUGUUUUUCCUGAAAUGUCAUGUCUUUUUCUCAUAUUGGAUCUAAAAUAUUUUAUUUCUAAUAGCAUCUGUAUCCAGUGUAUUGGAAAGCAUUUCCAUAGAAGUGCUAUGUAGUUUUAAAAACAUUUCUGAAAUGACCGGGUUAUACUAUAAAUAUCAUUCCUAUCACCUCGACUUCUAGAUGCCAGAACAAACAGAAGGGGAACUCAGAUCUCUUGCUUUUGCUGCAGCUUAGUAACAAAUAUAACUGUGGAUACUGUGGCCUUAUUAAAUCAACCUAGUUCAUUUUUACUCAGGGAAUACAAUUAAAAAUUUCUUCGUUAUAAACCCAAUAUAUAUUUGCACAAUGAAAUACAUUAGGGAGUCCAUAAGUAAGUCAGUUUGCCACAGAUAUAUGAUUUUUCAACAAGGGUAAAAGAUCAGUCAAUAGGGAAAGAAUAAUUCCUUUUAAAAUGCUGGUACAACAGGAUAUCCACACACAAAAGAAUGAAUUUGGACUCCUACAUCAUACUGUGUAUAAAAAUGAACUCAAAUGGCACCCAAAUAUAACAGCUGAAAGUGUAAAAUUCUUAGAAGUUAAACAUAGUUGUUAAUCUUGGUGACCUUAGAUUAGGUAACAGUUUAAUAUGCCACUAAAAGCACAAGCAACUAAAGAAAAAAUAUACUUCAUGAAAAGUUAAAAACCUGUAUGUCAGAGGACACUAUCAAGAAAAUGGAAAGUCAGCCUACAGAAUGUGAGCAAGUGUGUAAAUCAUACACCUGAUCAGGGCUAGUACUCAGAAUACGAGAACUCCUACAACUCAACAAUAAACCCUACCGGUAUUGAAAAUGGACAAAGGAUUUGAAUAAACAGUUCUCCAAAGAAGAUACACAAAUGCAGGAUGCCAGGAAAGCAUGCAAUGAUACAACACUUGUUCAGAUCACAUCAAAUAUGGAUUCCGUGGGUCGGAUACAAAUGCGAACAAGACGUACGCUGAGGGGGCACCUCGCUAAAAUCUAUGCCAUGCAUUGGGGCUAUGACUCAAGGCUACUAGUCAGUGCUUCCCAGGAUGGAAAAUUAAUUAUUUGGGAUAGCUAUACAACAAAUAAGAUGCAUGCCAUUCCUUUGAGGUCCUCCUGGGUGAUGACCUGUGCUUACGCCCCUUCUGGUAAUUAUGUGGCUUGUGGAGGACUGGACAACAUCUGCUCUAUAUACAACUUAAAGACCAGAGAGGGAAAUGUGAGAGUGAGCCGAGAGUUACCGGGUCACAUAGGCUACUUGUCCUGCUGCCGUUUUUUAGAUGACAGCCAAAUUGUUACAAGUUCAGGAGAUACAAAUUGUGCGCUAUGGGACAUUGAAACUGCCCAGCAGACCACCACAUUCACUGGGCAUUCUGGAGAUGUGAUGAGUCUUUCUCUGAGUCCUGACAUGAGGACUUUUGUUUCUGGUGCUUGUGAUGCCUCUUCCAAGUUAUGGGAUAUUCGAGAUGGAAUGUGUAGACAGUCUUUCUCUGGACAUGUGUCAGAUAUUAAUGCUGUCAGUUUUUUUCCAAAUGGCUAUGCCUUUGCCACCGGCUCCGAUGAUGCCACUUGCCGUCUCUUUGACCUUCGUGCAGACCAAGAGUUAUUAUUGUAUUCUCAUGAUAAUAUUAUCUGUGGGAUCACCUCCGUAGCCUUCUCAAAAAGUGGGCGUCUCCUGUUAGCUGGUUAUGACGACUUCAAUUGUAACGUGUGGGACACACUAAAAGGAGAUCGUGCAGGUGUUCUUGCUGGUCAUGACAACCGGGUCAGCUGUCUGGGUGUAACUGAUGAUGGCAUGGCAGUGGCAACAGGCUCUUGGGACAGUUUUCUUAGAAUCUGGAAUUAACAGUGCAUACAAUAUUUCUGUUCUCUGUUGGUAUCUGGAGAAAUCAGUGCUACAGCCUAUAGCUGUGAUAAAAAAAUUCUAAUAUUUGCUGUUGAAAAUUUUUCUAUUGAGGUUACUACAUACAAAAGGAAGCUUUCAGUAAACUACAAAACAGAAAAGGAUAAAAAAAAACAAGGCAAAGGUGCUUGCUGAGAUCAAAAGGACCAGUGCAUUGAGCUCAUUUAACCUUGAAGUUUUACUUUCACUAAUUGUUUUCUUUGUGUAGAACAAAAUGUACACAUUAUAGCAACCUAUCAUGUUUGAUUGCUUUCAUUUAUGAACUUCAUGUUAAACUUGUAUACACCAGAAAUGUCACAUUUUUUAUUUCUGUAAUGGAGGCAACAGGCACAGUAAUAGAUAGAGGUAAUACCAUGUGUUUAGGUUUGAAGAGUCUCCUUGAAUUCUGACCUCCCUUUUUGAUCUAAAAGAUCCUGGUUGCUUACUGUAUUAAGAAUGCUGACAGGGAGGUGCCUGAGGAGAGCCCUUUUGAGUAUCAUUAGUUUCUUGGUGCAUCCUUUGCCUUCCUAUCAAUUUAAAUAAGUGCUCAUUUUCAGUCCUUCGAGGGGAAGAUGAUCUGAAGGGUAGGGGAUAGAGAUUUCACUCUGAAACUUUAGACAUAUGUAAGAAACUUUAUUAAUAGGAAGACAGCAAUAAUCUCAUAUAAAUGAUUCUUGGCAUUUUAAAAAGCAGAUUAUGAUCAAAUAACACUCCGCACGAGUAAUCCUCUAAAUAGUUGGUUUCAUAUUCUAGAAUUGAGUUUGUAUACUCAUUAUUCCAGGACAUGGAUGAACACUUGGAUUGUCCUUGCACCUGAAGAACUUUUCCUAGUGUUCUAUCAGUAUGCAUCUAGAUCUAAGGAAAUAGGACAGCAUUGUUUUGAAAAGUGUAAAAUCUAACCAGUCACUAGAUCUGAGUAGUUAUAGUUGUGACAGGGUGGCUUCAUGAAUUUAUGUUCACACAUAUGAAAUCUGAAUUGAUGUAAACUGUCAAAUUUUAAAAAGGGAACAUUAAAGCUCUGCUCUUCUGUAAUAUUUUCCUUCACACAAAAUAUUGGUUUCUAUGUGGCGUGGCUCUGCUUUGAAGAAUGGCUAGAUCCAAGUGGCUCCAUUUUAAAGCCAAAAGGAAAAUUCCAAGAGUAAGUACUUAAAGGAGAGGAAAAUACUAAGCAAUUCAUUCCUCUGCUUGUCAAUGGUAUAAUAAAAUGUUGUCUGUUACUAGAAUGAGCCCUCCUGGAUUUAAACAAAGAUACUCUCCCCCUUGGAUUUUCUCCUACAAAUAAAUCUAAAUGACUGACAUGGGAUGAUUGUUAGUCUUGCUUGAUGGUGAAGUCAUCGGUUAUCCUGAUACAUUAUAAGAAGUGUACUGUUUUGUUAAAUCAAUAAACUAUCACUGUUGA